GAAUUUUUAAAUUUUCAACUUUUGAUUCAACAGGGGGUUUGCCAUCAUAGUUCCAAUUGAUUAGAAUAGGAUUUGAAUAAAGUCAAUGUCAUUAAAGGAGGCUGCAACGUUAGACAUUGGGUUCCCGAUCUUGGGAGCCAAGUUCAUUAACAAUAAGACCAUUCUUGUUGCUGGUGGUGGAGGCGAGGGUAAUAAUGGAAUACCAAAUAAGAUCACCGCUAUCAAAUGUACCUUUAAAAUCAAGGAUCCAAAGCGUCGAUUACAAAGAUUCAGAGAGAUCACUUUGCCUUCCAAUGAAGACUCUCCUCAAUGUUUGGAUACAGCUCGUAUUCUUGACGAUGAAGAGAAUAAGUUUACUGUAUUCGUUGGUUGUAAUCAAUCGUCUCAAUUGAUCAAAUCAAUGAAUAUUAAUAAUAACUUAAGAAAAUACGUAUAUACUAAGGAUGAACAUUUGCGAUUCAUAGAUGCAGCUCAAUUGGAAGAAGAAAUCAGUGGUAAUGCUGAUGAAUAUCCUAAGAUCAUUAGAUUAUCUCAAAAUAGUACUGUUGGUGGAUUAUUAACUUCAACUAUUCCAUCAUCAAUUUAUGUGUUUAACCCAGAUAAUUUAGAAUUGAAUUUCAAAUAUAAACCAACUAAAGAUGUUGAAAUUAAAGAUUAUAGUUUGAGUCCUGAUGAUGAUGGAAAAUCUUUAUGUUAUAUCACUUCCAACUCCAUUGAAACCAUUUCAACUUCAACUGGUGAUCUACUUUCAUCAUCAACCAAGAUCGCUAACAUCGAUAAAGAAUUGAAAUCAUUAACUCUUUCUAAAGUUAGAUUUAUUGAUAAUUCAAAUGUUAUUAUAAGUGCUAGUGUCCGUGGUGGUAAAGGAGCUGUAUUAUUACAAUAUAAUAUUCACACUUCAAAAAUCAUUAAACAAAAAGUUAUUUCAAAAGCAUUUAAUAAUAUUGUUGCCAUUGAUAUUUCCCUUAGUCAAAAUUUAAUCGCUAUUGCUUCCAAUGAUUUAUCAUUAACAUUAGUUAAGCUUGAUAAUUUCCAACUAAUUAAAACCUUUAAAAAAUUACAUCCAUUUGCCAUUACAAGUGUAUCAUUUUCUCCAAAUGGUAGUAAAUUAGCUACUGGAAGUGCAGCAAACACCCUUCAUAUCUUUAGAAUUCCUCAAAACUAUGCUAAGGGUAAAUCAACCAUUGGUACUAUCUUCCAAUACUUACUUACGAUUAUUAUUGUGGCGGUGUUAGGUAUUUAUUUACAAACCGCUUAUGAAAAUGGUCAAUUACAAGAAUAUAUUGAAUUAAGUAAAGAAUAUUCUGAAAAGAGUAAAGUGUUAGGUAUCAAAUAUGGUCAAUUGAGUUAUGAAAGAGCUCAAGAUUAUGGAUUAAUUGGAUUUGAAAAAGCUCAAGAAUAUGGAUUGAUUGGUUUCGAAAAAGCACAAGAAUAUGGUCAAGUAGGUUAUCAACGUGUUCAACAAUAUGGUAAAUUAGGUUAUAAAUUUAUUAAAGAUAAAAUUAAUGGUGAUAAUGUUGAAGGUGAUGAUUCUACUAAACAAUAUUUCACUAUGGAUGAAUGGAUUGAAGCUUCUUCUUCAGAAAUUUUUGAUGAACAUAAUGAUGUUUAUAUUUCAAAUAUUAUUGAGGUUGAUACUGAAACUGAAACUACUGCCACAACUGAGACCACCAGUGUUUCAUUCUCUUCAUCUGUAUCUGAAUCUGAAUUAUCGGUUGAAUCCCAAGCUACUUUAGAUGAUGAAGUUGAAAUUAAAGAAGUGACGAAGGAUAUCGAAGAUAUAACUUCAAAUAAUCCUGAGCUUGAUACUGAAUCGUUCUUUGAAGAAUCAAGUAAUUAUAUUGAAACUGUUACAAAUUCAAUUCCUCAAUUUAAAGAACCUGAAAUUGAAGUCGUUCAAAACGUUACUGAAUCUAGUUCUGUCGAAUCUAUUGUUAGUGAAUCAACUAUUAACGAGGAAGAGGUUGAAAUUCCAAGUUCGGAAUCAUCAAUUGUCAGUGAAUCAACUGAAGAACCUGUCAUUUCUGAAUCAACUGAAUCUCCUAUUCCAGAAUCCAGUUCUAAUACGAGUGAAUCAACUGAAAUCAUUUCUUCUGUCGUUGAAGCUGUUUCUGAAGUAUCAAGUGAAAAUUCUAGUGUUGUAUCAAGCGAAUCAUCAAGUGAAGUCAAAGAAGUUACUGAAUCUAUCCCGGAACCAGUUUCAGAAGUUAAGGUAGAACCUGUCGUUGAAGUACACCCACCAGUUGUUCCUGAGCCUGUUGUUUCUGAAGUAACUCAUGAAGAACCAGAGCCAGUAUCUUCAGAAUCAUCUUCUUCUGUUGAAACUGUAAGUUCCGAACUCUCUGUCUCUUCUGUUGUCGCGGAAUCCAAAGAAGCAAGUUCAUCUGAAACAUCAACUACUGUAUCUUCAUCCAUUUCAACUCCAGUUGAAGUCAGUUCAGAGCCAUCAUCAUCAGUCUCAUCAUCAGUCUCAUCAUCAACUACAACUUCUCAAAGUGAAGAAUUUGUUUCGUCAUCAUCAUCAUCAUCAUUACAAAGUUCGUCAACUACUACGAUUGAACAAGUUUCUUCUAGCGUAGCUGAAGUCAAGAGUUCAUCAACUACAACUGAGAGUAGUUCUUCUGCUACAACCGAAACCACCAGUUCUACAUCCACCAGUGAAACUACUAGUUCAUCCUCAACCAGUGAGAUUACUAGUUCAUCGUCAACCACUGAAACCACUCAAAUUAGUGAAAGUUCAGUUGAAAUAAAAAAGGAAACCGAAAAGGUUAUUCCUAAAGAAGAGACCACAAGUACUACUAUUAUAGCUCAUACAGAACAUGAUGAAUUAUAAUCUAGUUUAAAACAAUUUGCUUAUUAAUUAAUAUUAUUAUUAUUUUUCUUUAUAUAUAAAAUGCAUAUAAAAAAUGGAAUAGAAAAGUUUAUCAUUAUCAUCUUUAAAAU